AUGGGAGACGGGAGCGGCCUGGAUCUCAUUGCUCUCGACCUCUCGCGCGCUUCGCGGCCCGAGCAAGUGCGCGAGGCUGUCGCCGACUUGGGCCCCAGUCGCAUCGAUGUGCUCGUCAACAAUGCCGGCAUGUCGGGACCCAUGGCCACGGCCGGGCAGGCCGUGGCAGAAGACCUCCGCGCCGCAUUCGAGGUCAAUGCCAUUGCGCCGCUGAUGAUAUUCCAAGGUUGUUGCAAAAGUCGGCCAGCCCCGAGGUCAUCAUGA